AAAAAGUACUAUUCAGACAACUUAUAUUUAAUGAUACAUUAUAUAUGUAUAAUAGUGCAAAAAAAUGUACCACUGUAUCAUUAAAAGAGAGAAAAUGUACUACCAAAUUUCCGAUUAUCCUCUUAUAUGCAUGCAAAAUACAUAUGCUCUAUACGAUAUGCAAUCCUGUCGUAUCAUACAAUAAUUAAGACUUAGGAUAAUGGAAGGACUAUAGAUUAGAAUUAAGACGAGUGAGAUAGAGCUAUAAAAAUUGUAAGUAUGACAAUAAGCUCGGUCCAAGGUAGAAAGUACCUGAAAUCAUGGUGGUCAAAUUGAACUUCUGUCUCCUACUUGUACUACCAAACCCUCGUCCCAACCCAAAUUUGCUUUUAAAAAAAAAAACAAUAAAGAAAAUGACUCAAUCUAAAAACAACAUCCAAAGCAAAAGCCAGAGAUUCAUUCGAAAUCGAGACUUCUGUUUCUGAACUUUGUCUUCCUACUCUCUUUAAUAAAAUAAUACUCAAAUACACUUGCUCUGUUCAAUCAUUUUCACUUGCGCAUUUUAUCGAACACAUGGAGUGCACUAAAAGCAAACCCACAAUCUAAGUAUAUUGUCGUUGACCCAAAUGGCUAAUGCAGAAGAAGAAUUAGAAAGGAGGAGUAAAUUUUUAAGUAGUUUAAUACAGAAGAAGAAAUCAGUUGAACAAGAUCAAAAUCAUGAGCUUUUUAAUGUUCGAAUUAGAGCAUCUGAUAUGCCCAUUUCAUUACAAAAUAAAGCCUUUCAAUGUGCUAGAGAUCUUCUUGAUUCAAUGCCCACUAAAAGGGUUGAUACCAAACGCCUUGCUCUUGCUCUUAAAAAGGAAUUUGAUUCAGCAUAUGGGCCUGCAUGGCAUUGUAUAGUGGGCACAAGCUUCGGCUCUUAUGUCACUCAUUCACUUGGAGGUUUCUUGUAUUUUUCCAUCGACAAGGUUUAUGUCCUCCUCUUUAGAACAGCAGUUGAGCCUUUACAGCAGUGAUACCUGCAUAUGUUAACCAGCACACGUCAAUUCUCAUUUCUCAAAGCUGUGUUACUGCAUAUGUUUCCUAUGUUGUAACAGUAAAGAUGUCUAUGCUUUUGUAUCAAUUUCCACGAAAUGAAUGAUGUUGGCAAUUCCUCAUUCCUGAAAAUCCUCUCAUCUCCAUUAUUCUGAUGCUGAAUAACGGGAAAAUCAUGGCAUUUGUGUUGUAUUCAAAUUUUCGCGAGAUAAGGAGGCCCUGCAUAAACCUCAUCUGGACUAUAUUUUUAGAUUGUACAAGGUGGAGGAUGAAAUUAUCUUGACGUGGCUUAUUGUACACCUUGUUUAAAGUAAAUCUAAUUUCUACUCUUUUGUCUUUUUUAUUGUCACAAUGUUCCCGUUUGUCGAUUGCCAGGCGUGAUAUGAAUGUUGCUUAAUCAAAGAGACUUGAAAAUUUUGAAGUUUUGAA